AGCCCCAUUUUAGCUGCCCUCGCUUCCGCUACGUUUUAGAUCUCGAUCUCCUCGAUUUGGAGGGCUUGCUCCUCUCUCUCUCUCUCUCUCUCUCUCUCUCUCUAUCCGCCAUUGAAGUUCCAGGAGCGUCCAUGGAGUCGGCUUCUCCUUUCGCCUCGGGGCCGCCCAGGCAGCGGCCUGCGAUGGUGUCGAACCCUACAAGCGUCGUCCAGACGCCCCUGAUCGGCCGAUCGAUGGCCCCCUCCUCAUCCGUGCCGCUUCCAUCUCCAUUUGGGUCGGCUCUCCCCGGCUUCUCUCGCCCGGCCGCUACCCCUUUGGCAUCCCGGCCCCCUCCACCAGGGGCCAUACCGCAGGGCCCGAUCGCUGGCAACGGCCCUCGAAUUCCGGGGUUCACUGCGCCUCGGACCCUCCCUCCGCCUUCGGUACAGCCGGCUCCGCCUUCGGCCGCCUCGUCAUCGAUCAGGCCGCCCACUCCGUAUGCCUCCGCUACUCAAGAUUCAGGCCUCCAGUCGUAUCCUGGGAGCCCGCCUUCUGGGGCUUCCGUGGCAACUCUCCCGAUGCCGUUUGUAGGCCCACCAGCAUCUCAGCAGUUUGGAAGGCCGCCUACCUCCCAGCCACUCUUUUCCGGACCUCCCAGAUCUCAGCCGCCUUUUGCUGGAGCACAGUACUUACAGCGUCCUAUGGCUGGAUCGACGAACUCACAACUUCCCCUUGCCGGACCGCCCACCUCGCAGUCGCCCUUUUUGGGGCCCCCCACUUCACAACCGCCUUUCACGGGACCGCCUACUUCGCAGCCUCCCAGACCGAACACCCCACAGCCACCCUUCGCCGGGCUGCCCACCCCUCAGCAAUUCGGUGGACCAUCCACGCAGACACUUACUGGGCCGCCAAUUUCACAGUUUGUUGGCCCACCAACCUCGCAGCCGUAUGCAGGCAGGUCAUCUUCUCCGUCGCAGAUGGCCACUCCAUCUUCACAGCCAUUUUCUAUGCCUCCAACCGUGGGCACUUCAUUUGGUUCUCCAGUUUGGCCCUCGCAGCCAGGACAGAUGGUUCCUUCCCUGCCUGGUAAUGUGCAAGCACCUCCUAGGAUGUUUGGCAUGCCUCCAGGCAUGCCAGGUCAGCCAAUCCCGCCAGUCCUACCUGCUAUGGGCCACUCAGCUCUUGCAGGUCCUCAGGUCUCCACACAGUCAAAGAUAGAUCCGAACCAAAUUCCAAGACCUUUGCCUAAUUCAUCAAUCACAAUUUUUGAGACUCGUCAGGGAAAUCAGGCAAAUGUACCGCCGGUAUGUAUUCAAAGCAUUUUUGUUGUCAAGGAUAAUGGUAAUUGCAGCCCUCGUUUGAUGAGGUGCACACUGAAUCAGAUACCAUGCACCGGGGACCUUCUAUCUACCUCUAGUAUGCCUUUUGCCUUGAUGGUGCAGCCUUUGGCACUUCCACAUCCAUCUGAUGAUCCUAUCCCAGUUGUUGACUUUGGUGAAAGUGGACCUGUUCGGUGUUCUAGAUGCAAAAGUUAUAUAAAUGCUUUCAUGAGGUUCAUUGAUCAUGGUCGAACAUUUGUUUGCAAUUUAUGUGGUUUUACCAAUGAGACUCCGCGUGACUACUUGUGUAAUCUUGGGCCGGAUGGUAGGCGUCGUGAUGCUGACGAAAGGCUUGAACUUUGCAAAGGAACAGUUGAAUUUGUUGCUACAAGGGAAUACAUGGUUCGUGAUCCGAUGCCUGCUGUCUUCUUUUUUCUCAUUGAUGUUUCACUGAAUGCUAUUCAAACUGGUGCAACUGCUGCAGCUUGCAGUGCAAUCAGUCAGUCUCUGGCAGAUCUUCCUGAUGGUCCAAGGACAAUGGUUGGUAUUGCAACUUUUGAUUGCAGCAUUCACUUUUAUAAUCUUAGACGAGCCUCACAGCAGCCUUUAAUGCUCAUUGUCCCUGAUAUUCAUGAUGUUUAUACACCCCUCCAUACUGAUGUAGUUGUUCCUCUUACUGAGUGCCGCCAAAGUGUGGAACAGUUGCUAGAAAGCAUCCCAAGCCUGUUUGAAAAUAAUAAGGUUUCUGAUUCUGCAUUUGGUGCUGCUAUCAAGGCUGGAUUCUUGGCGCUUAAACCUACUGGAGGAAAGCUUCUUGUUUUUCAGUCAGUCUUGCCAUCAGUUGGUAUUGGAUCUCUUUCUUCCAGAGAAGCUGAAGGAAGAACUAAUGCUUCUGCUGGUGAUAAGGAGGCACAUAAGUUGCUCCAACCAGCAGACAAGACACUGAAAACAAUGGCCAUUGAAUUUGCUGAGUACCAGGUUUGUGUUGAUAUAUUUAUCACCGCACAGACUUUUGUGGACAUUGCUUCCAUUUCUGUUGUUCCUGGAACCACAGGAGGACAGGUAUAUUAUUAUUAUCCAUUUUCCGCUCUCUCUGAUCCUGGGAAACUCUACAAUGAUCUUAGAUGGAACUUAAGUAGACCCCAAGGUUUUGAGGCAGUGAUGCGUGUUAGAUGCAGCCAGGGCCUUCAAGUUCAGGAAUAUGCUGGAAGCUUUUGCAAGCGUAUUCCCACUGAUAUUGAUCUUCCUGCGAUAGACUGCGAGAAAACAAUAAUGGUCACCUUCAAACAUGAUGAUAAAUUCCAGGAGAAUUCAGAAUGUGCCUUUCAGUGUGCACUUCUUUACACUACUGUGUAUGGGGAAAGAAGAAUUAGGGUUAUAAACCUGUCCCUUCCUUGCACUAGCAUGCUUACUAAUCUUUUCCGCACAGCUGACUUGGAUACUCAGUUUGCUUGUAUUCUCAAGCAAGCUGCAAGCAGCAUCCCAGUGAACUCUCUUUCUCAAGUUCGUGAACAAAUCACAAACCUAUGCAUCAACAUCCUACAUGCCUACCGUAAGUUUUGCGCGACAGUAUCAUCUUCAGGCCAGCUAAUUCUUCCUGAAGCUCUUAAGCUAUUGCCUCUAUAUACUCUAGCUUUAGUUAAAAGCAUUGGUUUGCGAAAUGAUGGCCGGUUUGAUGAUCGUUCUUACUGGGCUAGCCAUGUUAUGUCACUUUCCAUUUCAUUAGCUGUUCCUUUAGUAUAUCCUAGAAUGAUAUCUAUUCACGAUCUUACUGCUAAGGAAAAUGAUGGUUCCCUUUCAUCUUCCAAUAUUCCUCUUUCAAGUGAGCACAUUAAUGAUGAUGGAAUAUAUCUUCUGGAAAAUGGUGAAGAUUGCUUAAUCUAUGUUGGAAACAUGGUCAACCCAGACACGCUUCAGAAAUUGUUUGGAGUUACUUCUGUGGAUGGACUUCCAACUCAGCUUGUAUUGCAGCAAUUCGAUAAUGAUUUGUCAGAGAAGCUAAGUGAUGUCAUGAAUGAGAUAAGGCAGCAGAGAUGUUCAUACUUGCGUUUGCGGCUAUGCAAAAAGGGUGAUCCCUCAGGCAUGCAUUUUAUGUCGUAUAUGAUCGAGGACAAAACGGCUGGAGGUCUCUCUUAUGUUGAGUUCCUUGUACAUGUCCACCGGCAAAUUCAAACCAAAAUGGCUUGAUCCACAGAUGUAUGCUAGUGUAACAGAUUUUGUUCUUUAUUCUCUCUUUGAUUUUUGUGGAGCUUGCUAUGACCAGAGUGGAUGAGAUAAGGAAAGCAGCAGGCACUUUCUUGCACGUUUUAGGUGCAGCUGUUGCCGACUAUCCCUUCAUAAAUCAAAUAGCGAUUACUGGUGUUUUCUGCAACUUCCACAAUUACAAGUACUGGAAAGUAGACAAUUGCAGAUGUUUCCCGAGUAAAUUAUAUCUGGCUGGACCUUGUUUUUUGAAAAUUUUCCUUUACAAGAUGUGGACAAUGGUGGUGUACGAUAUUGGCGCAGAAGGUGGUGCUUAGUUAUAAAAAGCGUUUUAUUGCUACUCAUGUUUCAUUAGAUGGUUCCAAUUUUUAGUUCAAAUUUAUGUAUCUAUAGUAGAAGUCAUAUUGAUUGCAUGUUUACAAUAUUGUUAAACAUGGUUAUUGAUGAAUUGUGGAAUGCCGUCUAGACCGUUAUAGUUGCA